AUGACUAAAUCUCUCUAUGGCCUGAAACAAGCUAGCAGGCAAUGGUUUGACAAACUAUCCACCUUCCUUAUUUCUGAUAAUUAUGUUCAAUCCAAGUUUGAUCAUUCUCUUUUUAUCAAGAAAACUUCCACAGAUUUCACAGCCUUACUUGUGUAUGUAGAUGACAUUGUUUUAACAAGAAACUCUAUGAGUGAGAUUACCCACAUAAAGACUCUUCUGCACCAUCAGUUUCAGAUAAAAGAUCUGGGAGAACUCAAAUACUUUCUAGAAUUUGAGGUUGCUAGGUCUAAAAAGGGUAUACACCUUUGUCAAAGAAAGUAUGCUCUUGACAUCCUUGAAGAAACAGGAAUGCUGGGAAGCAAGCCAUGCUCUACACCCUUUUUAAGCAACACUAAUUUCUUAUACAAAACAGAGAAUUAUCUAGAUAAUCCAAGUGCUUAUCGUAGAUUGAUAAGGAAGCUCUUUUAUCUUACUAAUACUAGAUCUGAUUUGUGUUUUACUGUCAAUCUUUUAAGUCAGUUUAUGCAGGAACCAACCAAGCAUCAUUAUCAGGCUUUGCAACAUAUUCUUAGAUAUGUCAAAUUCAGUCCUUCAGAAGGGCUCUUCUUUGCUGCUGAUUCUGACAUACAAAUCAAGGGAUUUAGUGAUUCAGAUUGGGUCACUUGCCCUAACACAAGAAGAUCUACCUCUGGUUAUUGCACUUUUCUAGGUUCCUUCCUUGUCUCAUGGAAAUCAAAGAAGCAAAGCACUAUCUCCAGGUCAUCUACUGAAGCGAAGUUUCAUGCCCUAGCUGCCACUGUAAAUGAAAUAUAG